CCUCCACAAUCUAUUAUGUGUCGGCAUGUUUCACAAAUUAUAUGUAUAAACAGAAGGAAAAAUAAAAAAAAGCUGUGUCUUUUCUGCUCUGCUUUUGCUUUGGCUUUCGGUUCUCUGAUUUCCCGGCGACAAGCGUGUUCACCUUCUCCUUGAUCCUAUAAAGUUCCUUUCUUUUGUUUUUUGUUUUUUCUCUUUCGAAAAUGUUUCUAAUUGUCGGAUUCUAGAACCCAAAACGAUGAGCUUCGACUGAGUCGAGGAGCAGUUUCGGAAACCGGUUGUUAACGUUCCUUACAGUUAGUUCUUCUUAACCGAUUCAGACGUGGAAUCUGGUUGAUUCAUUUGGAGUAUACCAAAUGCUUGAAAUAGCUGACAGUCAAAGCUUUUCACGAAGCUAACCGAAGAGAAAGCAUAAAAGUUUUGGCUUUUGGUUUGCUUCCUAAGUUAGGGGUUUCGGAUUUUUUCUGGGAUUUUAAUGUUAAUUGGAGGAGCUGCGGCGUUUCUGUAAUAGUUUUCCUACAAAGGGUUGCUGCUGCAAAAUGGGGGUUUUUUUUGAAGGGUUGUGAAGAAAGUUGAUCUCUUUUGUGUUAUGUUGGAGCAAAACAAGUGAUUGGAUUCCUUAAGAAAGUUUUUUUUUUUUUUUUUAAUUUGAUCCAAGAUUCUAAGCAUGAAGGCUCCACCAAAUGGAUUCAUGGCAAGUGCUGCAGAAGCAGAAAGGAAGAGUAUCAAUUCAGAGUUAUGGCAUGCUUGUGCUGGACCACUUGUUUCUUUGCCUCCAGUUGGAAGUCUGGUCGUUUACUUUCCACAAGGUCACAGCGAGCAAGUUGCAGCAUCAAUGCAGAAGGAGACCGAUUUCAUUCCAAGCUAUCCUAACCUUCCUUCCAAGUUGAUUUGCUUGCUCCAUAAUGUAACAUUGCACGCUGAUCCAGAAACGGAUGAGGUGUAUGCCCAGAUGACUCUUCAACCUGUGAACAAAUAUGACAAAGAAGCGUUACUGGCAUCUGAUAUGGCCCUCAAGCAAAGCAGACAACCCGCUGAGUUCUUUUGCAAGACUCUUACAGCCAGUGACACUAGCACUCAUGGUGGAUUUUCCGUGCCUCGACGAGCAGCUGAGAAGAUCUUCCCACCUCUGGAUUUCUCGAUGCAACCGCCUGCUCGGGAGCUAGUAGCUAAAGAUUUACACGACAAUACAUGGACAUUUAGACAUAUCUAUCGAGGACAACCAAAGCGACACCUUCUGACUACUGGUUGGAGCGUCUUUGUUAGCACGAAAAAACUCUUUGCUGGUGAUUCCGUUCUUUUCAUAAGAGACGAGAAGUCUCAACUUCUCUUGGGUACGAGGCAUGCAAAUAGACAACAGCCAGGUCUCUCAUCCUCUGUAAUUUCUAGUGAUAGCAUGCAUAUUGGGAUCCUUGCUGCUGCGGCUCAUGCUGCGGCAAAUAAUAGCCCGUUUACUAUAUUCUACAAUCCAAGGGCAAGCCCUUCUUUGUUUGUGGUACCCUUAGCGAAGUAUGACAAAGCUAUGUAUACCCAAGUUUCCCUUGGCAUGCGGUUUAGAAUGAUGUUUGAAACAGAGGAGUCCGGGGUGCGCAGGUACAUGGGCACUGUAACUGGUAUCAGUGACUUGGACCCCGUGAGAUGGAAAAAUUCACAGUGGCGUAAUCUUCAGGUUGGGUGGGAUGAAUCUACAGCUGGUGAGCGGCCCGGCCGAGUUUCAAUUUGGGACAUUGAGCCUGUCAUAACUCCUUUCUACAUUUGUCCACCUCCGUUUUUCAGGCCCCGGUUCCCCAAGCAACCCGGGAUGCCAGAUUUUGCAGAUGAUGAGUCUGAUGUUGAGAACACCUUCAAGAGAGCUAUGCCCUGGCUUGGAGAUGAAUUUGGCAUGAAAGGCGCCCCUAGUUCCAUCUUCCCGGGUUUGAGUUUAGUUCAGUGGAUGAGCAUGCAACAGAAUAAUCAGUUCCCAGCUGCUCAAUCAGCUUGCUUUCCAUCUAUGGUUUCUUCAAAUCCGCUCCAUAAUAGCCUUAGCACCGAUGAUCCUGCCAAAUUAUUGAAUUUCCAAUCUCCCGGGUUAGCUCCGCCGAAUAUGCAAUUUAACAAAGCAAAUACAAACCAAGUCAACCAGUUGCCUCAGACACCUAUGACAUGGGCCCAACAGCAGCAAACACUACAGCAAUUGCAACGACAUCAACAACAACAACAGCAGCCUCCGCCUCAGCCUCAGCCGCAGCCACUGCAGCAGGAGCAGCAACAACAAAAAGGACAACAGACGCUACCACCGCAGCAGCUGCAACAGCAGGCAUUCAUUCCGUCUCAAGUAAAUAAUGGAAUCAUCGCCUCUACCCAGAUCCCAAAUCAAAAUUUGCAUCAGCCGGCUGUUUACUCGCAGCUUCAGCAGCAGCAAUUGCUGACGAGCAAUAGCCAGUCUGCUCAAACCAUCCUCUCGGCCAAUAAAACUUCAUAUCCUUUGUCGUCAUUACCGCAAGAUACACAGAUUCAGCAACAGAUGGAACAGCAAACUAACCUCAUACAGAGACAACAACAACAGUUGCAGCAGUCAUCACUACAAUCGUUGCAACAGAACUUGUCGCAGAGUACACAGCAGCAGCCGCAGAUGCUGCAAUUGCCUCAGCAGGGAUUCUCGGAGCAACAGCUUCAAUUACAACUGUUACAGAAAUUGCAGCAACAGAAACAGCAGCAAUCAUCUCAACAGUUACUCUCCCCUGCUGGAUCACUGUUGCAGCAACAGCCGACCCAUCAACAAAACCAACCGUUGCAGCAAUUGCCUCUUUCACAGAGCCAAUCACAACCUCUCGGAAGCAAUGGCUUCUCGGCAUCAAUGCUUGUCCAGCCUCAACAACUUUCGGUGAACCAACCUCAAGUUCAUAACAAGCCUCUUACUGCUAUGAGAACCCAUUCUGGUCUUACUGAUGGAGAUGCACCUUCAUGUUCGACCUCUCCUUCUACCAAUAAUUGCCAGGUUUCCCCAUUGAACUUCCUGAACAAAAACCAGCAAGUACCGUCCAUGUUGGUGACGGAUCCACUUGUUGAGCCUGCAAGUACCCUCGUUCAAGAGCUACAGAGCAAGCCUGAUAUAAGAAUCAAACAUGAACUGCCCACCUCUAGAGGACCAGAACUGUCAAAGUACAAAAGUAAUCAAUUAGAAGCAUCCUCUUCCGGAACAUCAUACUGCCUGGAUGCAGGAACAACCCAUCAUAAUUUCUCCCUCCCUACCUUUCUGGAAGGUGAUGAUCAAUCACAUCAUCGGAACAAUCUUCCAUUUACAGCUAAUAUUGAUGGAUUGGAACCUGACACUUUGUUAUCGAGGGGAUACGACUCUCAAAAGGAUCUUCAAAAUCUGCUUUCCAGCUAUGGUGGCCACCCAAGAGAUAUUGAUACAGAGUUGUCUACUCCUGCAAUAAGCUCUCAGUCGUUUGGUGUGCCAAACAUACCUUUCAAGACUGGGCGUUCUAAUGAUGUCGCCAUCAAUGACACAGGAGUCCUAAAUGGCGGAUUAUGGGCCAACCAAACUCAACGCAUGCGAACAUAUACAAAGGUGCAAAAGCGUGGCUCCGUAGGAAGAUCAAUUGACGUGACCCGCUACAAAGGGUAUGAUGAACUCAGGCAUGAUUUAGCUCGCAUGUUUGGCAUCGAGGGGCAGCUGGAAGAUCCACAAAGCUCUGACUGGAAAUUAGUUUAUGUGGAUCAUGAAAACGACAUAUUACUUGUUGGCGACGAUCCUUGGGAAGAAUUCGUAAGUUGUGUUCAAAGCAUAAAGAUACUGUCAUCUGCUGAGGUACAGCAGAUGAGCUUGGAUGGUGAUCUUGGAAAUGUGGCAGUUCCCAAUCAAGCUUGCAGCGGGACCUACAGCGGAAACGCAUGGAGAGGACCAUACGACGAUACCUUGGCUGCUUCAUUUAACAGAUAAAAAGGUUUUGAAAUUCUGAUAGAACAAUGAUUCGAUAACGUAUAUUCAUCUGUUGGGAGGAAGAUGAUUGUUUAAUAAACUUUUAACAGCAACUCUCUGACUUGACCUUUGUAUGGUGCCAUAAGGGACCAUUGAUGUACAACCAUUAUAUUGAUAGAGCUGAUCUGAUUUUCUUC